UUGAUCGCAAAAGACUGAGGCGCUUUCUUUAUAGACGACACAGACGUCAAGUGGCCCAAAACGUAUCUCGAGCCCGGAUCAGGGUUGGAGGCGAGUUGGCAACUGUCAAAUCUACAGUACGGUGGCUAGGGAUACUCCUAGAUAGCCAACUUACAUGGAAGAGCCACUACAACGCUCGAAUUAAGACAGCAAGAAAUACGAUAAUCAGGUUAAACUCACUCUGCAGAGCUAAUGGGUUACCCCCAGCAUUAGUGAGGCGCAUACAGAAGGCUACAGUGCAAGCCCAAUUGCUAUGGGGUGCCGAGAUAUGGUGGCAAGGCCAGAAAACAUGGGCACAAAGGAUCCAGAUUCUAAUCAAUAAGCAAGCCAGAGGUAUUACGGGCAUGUUCCCAAAAACCCCAAUUGGAGCCCUAAUCAGAGAGGCAGCGUUAGAGCCAGCGACAGUCUUAAUGGACGCUAGAGUAGCUCGAUACACAGCGAGGCUACUAGCUCUGCCUGACACGCAUCCUACAGCGCAGAUACUUCCAGUCACCCUCAGACAUGGUGACCUUCACGCACAACCUGGAGAGCAACCACUGGACGACCGGGAAUGGGCCUCUAGAGACAACAAGGUGCUAAAUCGACUCGGCCAAAGGCUUGCAAAGCACCUUGCUCAACGGUUGAACAGAGACCCCUCUGGAGGAAUUGAGAGAACUGAACAAUGCGAGCUCCAAGGCUUCCCAGGCUCGAUCCGAGUACUUGACAAGGAAGAGGCCCUAACAGAGGCUAAUCAACAGCGUGCUGGAACAACGUUUUGGUCAGACGGCUCUAGACUCGAUACAGGACGUGCAGGAGCCGGUGUCACUUUACAGGCUGUACCUGGAGGCCCCUGGGAACACGUAGAGGUGCCAAUGGGCCACGGACACGAGGUCUUUGACGCAGAACUAGUGGGAGUAGCCACAGCCCUUGAAUGGGCACUGGAGAGGCAACCUCUUGGUCCUAUCUGGGUGUUACUUGACGCACAGAAUGCUAUUGAUCGCCUCAGAUCGACAAGGCCAGGCCCUGGGCAAGCCCUUGUUCUUAGGGCUCACAAGGCAGCUGAGAAACUAGCCUUGAGAGGCCAGCCAGUCACAAUACAAUGGGUCCCAGGCCACUCAGGGAUUGAAGGGAAUGAGCAGGCUGAUCAAGCUGCUAAACGUGCAGCUAGUAAACAAACCGCGCCUGGUUUUGAGCACCUAUCUUUAGCGCACGUUAGAAGGGCUUGCACGGAAGCAAGGAGAGCUGCAGUAUCUGAAUGGGCUCAAAUCAAUGCUGUACAAGGCAGGCAUAGAGACGGACGUGCCUACAAGAUGCCUCGAGGUUGGAACCUUGACCCAGUGGCAGGAAAAGCUCCAAAAAGAGUGGCUAGUCGUUACUACCAGUUAAAGACAGGACAUGCUCCAAUUGGCACCUAUCUAUACCGGAUAGGCCAACGGGAAUCGCCUGAGUGUCAGGCCUGCAAGGAACCUCAUGAGACAGUAAGGCAUGUACUCUUUGAGUGCCGUGGACGUCGUGCAGGACGAAGAACUCUCUAUCAAGCCCUCAAAAAAGCAGGCGUGCCACUGCCUACAGCGGCUGAGGAAGACCCCGAGGCUAGGCUAUUUGCUGAGCCUAGAGCGACGCAGGGUUUGCUGCAAUUCGUGGCUGAAGCCAACCUAUUCAAUGAUAAGGAGCGGACAGCUAGAGAGGCUGAGUCUAGUGAUGCGUGGGGAAAGUUAGCUGCAGCUCUAUUUAUGGAUAUUGAGGGGGCCUUUGACCAUGUCAUCCUAGCAAAACUGGUAGAGGUGCUCAGAGAGGCUAGCGUGGAUGGAGAUCUUAUACAUUGGGUGACCUCAUUUCUAUCUGACCGGCGAGUCACUCUUGUGAUUGAUGGACACGUGGGAAAGGAAGUACCGAUAAGCUCUGGGUUACCUCAGGGCUCUCCGGUGUCACCCAUUCUCUUUGUUCUAUACGUUCAUGGGCUAUCAAGAGCCAUUGAGAGGAGUGUGCCGGAGGUUCAAUGUCUAUCCUUUGUGGACGACCAAGGCCUAAUAACAGCCGCAAGCUCAGUGAAGGAGGCUUGUAGGAUCCUUGAGAAAGCAGCCGAAGUAGCCAUCGAGUGGGGGGUGGCCAACGGGGUACAAUUUGAUCGCAAAAAGACUGAAGCCGCUUUCUUUAUAGACGACACAGACGUCAACAUCUACUCACGAGCGGGCUACACCCCAGAGAUGGCGAAGCUUAAACACCACGUAUCUAGGUGUAGACGACACGCACGUCGUAUAAAUACAGAUCAGGCAUGGGAGGACUACGCAGAGGCUAGGAAAGAGAUGAAACGGCGCACCAAUGAGCUCGCACGAGAUCUACAUCGCCAACGAAUUGAGCAGGCAACAGAGUCAAUAGAUGGAUUCUGGAGAAUUGCCCGUUGGGUCCGCAAUAGGGGCAAACCACGUGCCACGUUUACCCCAACAUUAUACUACAAUAACACGAGUUACACAGCCCCAAAGGAGAAAGCAGCUCUAUUCUGA